AUGAAAAGACAUAUUGCCGUGUUGAACGGUAUCAUAGCCCUGUGCAUCGUCCCCGCCACAGCUAGCUAUUCCUUCUAUGUGGGAUCCAACCUCACAGCCUCCGGGGCCGUCCUGGUGGGCGGCACUGGAGAAGAAGUCUCAAGCCACUGGCUAAAGAUCUACCCUGCCGCCGACCACACCACUGAAACCGUCACUGUUGGCGUAACAUCUGCCGCGGUCGUUCCAGGGAACCUGACGACCAUUCCACAAGUUCCCCAUACUUUCAGAUACAUCAGUAUGGACUAUAGCGACUACCUUGGAUUCCCGCCGCCAAUAUCAAACGGAGGUGUCAACGAGAAAGGUGUCGCAGUUCGCGAUGUGUGGGCACCCGGUCGUGCAGAGCUUCUAGAAAUGACUCCCAAACCGCAGAAAGGACCAUCGUAUUCCGACUUGGCAAGACUGGUGAUGGAGCGUGCGAGCUCUGCUCGUGAGGGCGUCGAGAUCAUUGGAGACCUUAUUGGGAAAUAUGGAUAUUCGGACUAUGGUGGAAAUACCCAUCUCAUCGCUGAUAAGGAUGAGGGUUGGAUUGUUUGGGAAUUUGCUGGUGGAAAGGGCCUCUGGGCUGCUGAGAGACUUGGGCCAAAUGAUAUUCGCGUGUCUUUCCCUGGAUACAUUCACGAUUUCCCGAUCGCCUUUAAGAAUCAUCCUGACUACAUGGCUUCGGACAAUAUUGUCUCGUUUGCGGUUGAACAAGGCUGGUGGAGUCAUCAUUCUGGUAAACCAUUCAACAUCAAGAAAGUUUACGGCUUGCAGCCUGGACAGAAGACUCCCGCGGGUGGUGAUGCUGAGUACAUGUCGCCAGAUCGGCUGGAGAAACUCACCAAGGCAAUGGUCCCCGUGACUGAGAAAGACCUAAUCGAGCGUGUACGCGACCCACGCAUUUCCAACGACGAAGCCGGAUAUGGCCAGGUCGUCAGUCUACACGCAGACACCGACCCCGACAUGUAUCGCAUCUGGAUCGCACCGACAAGUUCCGUCGCAGCACCCUUUAUCCCCUGGUGGCUCGGUGCAGAGUCCAUCCCCGCAGAACUCGGCGAACAUCGCUAUCUCACGAAAGAUGCGGAAUCCACAUUCCUGAACCCGGACUACCAACUGCAAGAGGCCAGUCUAUUCGCGGGUCGAUUAUUCAAGCGCGUACUUUACUACAUGUGCUCGGCGCCGCGGACAUACCUUCCUAUUGUGAAGUGGGCAUUCAUCGGUUUCGAAGACCAGUCUCGAAAAGAUAUCGAAUGGGUUGAGAAAAGCGCUAAGGUGAUGAUCGCCAAUGGGGAGAGGAAUGCUACGCGGAGCUUGAUUACGCAUUAUUCGCAUACUCGUGCGGACCAUGCUAUUGAGAUGGGUAGGGCUAUGGUUGACGCUUUGGAUAGUUAUGUCAAACUUUCUGGGAAUUGGCUUGGUCCGAAGGGGAACCAGAUUAAUAUCAGUCCUGAUGGUGAGCCUGUUAAUUGUUUGGUUGGGAUUGAUCCGGAGGAACCACCUAGCAAGCAGUCGGGACAAUAA